CAUAGCGCUCAGAGAUGACAGUUCUCUGGCAGUGUGUGUGCAUGUAGAGCAAGAGAAAAACGCAACCCCCCUAAAAUGUGAGUGAAAAUGGUGUAGCGAGAUGGUUUUGGUUGCUCGUGUGUAUGUGUAUUUGUGCUCGGAAAAUGAGAAUGUUCUCCAUCCUUGGUAGCUGUGUUUUCCAUCCGCAGCUUCACGGAGGAUGGUCUCUCUCGCUCUCUCUCUCUCUCCGGCAGGAUCCGAAUGUACGCUAAAACCAUGCAUUAUGCCUCACUCUCAGACAGGCAGGCUUGGUAGGCGUUAAACUUCCAGCACGGUCGCCAUAGUAGCUGCCAAAGGGGUGACACAACUGUGGAGCAGUGCUGCCAGUGGAGUUUGUUGUUUGUUUCGUAGCAAAAAAUAUGCUACGCAGUCGAGGCCACGACAGGAGAAGAACCCGUAACAUUCCAUCAUGGUCUCCCGGAGCGGUUGUUUCGGUUUUAAGGGCUCCCAUUUUCCUCUCGUAUGAGCAAACUGUGCCAGCGAUGGUAUGAGCGGCGUGUCGGUGAUGUUCUAGAAAAAAGAGACACCAGCUUCCUUCCCCGAGAUAGAACAGUGGAUGAUGUUUUUGGAGCCAUCGAUGGAGACGAAUGAUUCCAGCGCUCAGUUCGGUACAGCUUUUCACACCAUACGGAUGGUUGGAGAAAACUGCUUCAUCGGGAGUGCCAGAGCGUUGACGUUUAGAAAGAAAGGAAGCUAUUCUUAAAAGAGAAAAAAAACACAUCAAGCUAUUCCGACUUGAAAACCCAACAUCGCUACAGUGUGCUCAAGGGCGUGUGAGGUAAAGGCGAAUAAAAUAAAAAUAAAACAAAAAAGAAAGUGGCUGUGUGCAUCGGCACGGCACCCCGUGUGAGCGAUAGUGAUAUCGUAAGUGUGUGGGUGAAGCAAAAAUUGUGUUGAAAUCAAAAUGAAACAGGUGUAAAAAAAAGUGGAAGUGCAUAACAAAAACUCAAUUCCUUUCUCCGGUUGCGGAAUAAUAGAUGGAGGAACAUUGAUAAUUGCUGUAAUUUAUUGCUGUUCAAACAUUGACCACAAACACACACACACACAUACAUACACACGACCAGGAGCCCAGAGCUUUCGGUGCUUUCUGGCUGUAUAGCCAUUGAUUGUGGAGUAAACAACGGUACCUAAUAAAACAGCACAAUUGGACGGUUUUGUUUUGUACAAAGGAAGCAGUUUAUCCAUUGAAGCCUUACUUGAGGUUUGAAAGCUAUCAAAUCACCGAAUGAUUCAGUGCAUCCUCAACCAGUACUCUGAAGUGUCACCUGAAGGGUAAAAAUCAACCCCAACAAACAUUACCGGUUAGGAGCAUCAAACACAGACCGGCACAUAGCACUUUCGCAGUCCCACCAGAUCUGAAGCCCUGCAAGAUGAAUCAACGUGCAAUUGCCCUGUGCCUGACACUCCUGGCACUUGGUGUCACAGCAGGUCCAACCCCUGACCAAGCUGCAACAGGGAAGGAUGUUGAAGCAUUGUUGACUACCGUUUCUUCCGGCCUCUCUUCCGAAGAACCGACAGAAAUGGCGCUAGUCGAAACCGUGUCUUCGUUCACGCAGCCUGCUGUCGAAGACAGUCAAACGGAAGUGUCAUCAUCAUCUUCAUCAUCGUCAGCUACUCUGUUAUCGUCACCGGCAUCAGUAAACGUGCCUGUGGACGAACCGGCGCAAUCUAUGGCAUCGUCUUCGACGCCCUCAAAGGUGCCGUCAGCAUCAUUUCCGUCACCAACACCAUCGGAAGCGCCACUAAUGGCGUCGAGCACAAUUGUCUCUAGUGGUCAAACACCCACUGGCGAGGGUUCGCUUUCGGUUAGCGCCACAGGAACCCUGUCGCCGGAAACAAUGGCAACAACAGAAGUUCUCACGGAUGCACCAAAGCCGCUAGAGAGUAUCACGAGUACGGUUUCUGAUGGCACUCCGGAGAGCGAUGGUGACGAUAAGAAAGCAUCUGACCUCGAACCAGAGAGCGAGACGCCGGUGAUUAGCUUUGGCAUUCGAUUAUUUACGGUAGAGGUGGCCACCGGUACGGAGCGGGCAAGUGAUGAUCAAACCGACCUGUCUAAUGCAACACAGGCCCAGGAAAAUGUUACUAACAAAAACCCUGCUUCUAAUGAGGAUGGCGCAGAUCUGGUAGACACUACCGUAUCAUCGGCCUCUUUGUCUACUAGCGCCGUUUCUACCGAUGGCUCGAGGAAGGUAAACGGUCCGGAAAAUGUGGAUGGUAGCGCCAUAUCCACUACAACAAACGGUCAAUCAACCGUUACGAUCAAUACGCAGGUGAUGAGCAACGGAGCUGCUGGUGGCGCAUACGAGUUUCCCGAGGACGCGCAAGAAGAUGCCUUCUCCAAUGAGAUACAUGUUGAACGGAACUUGAAAAACGGCCUUUAUCGAAUUAAGAUAGCCGAAAUAACGACGGACGAGUUCGACAACGGUCUGCGCGAAAACGAUAACGAAAAUAUGCUAAUGACGGAUACGAUGGGUUCGCAAGGGAAUCGCCAGCUACCUUUACAUAAAUCUGUCUAUCCAAGCAAGAUCAACAUUGACGAUUUUUACCCUUCGAAACUGGAGGACUUUAAAACGGAGCAGGCGCACCAGCAGUUAGGUGCCGAGAUGGAAAAACGGCUGAGGGAGAAAUCUAUCUUGCGAAACGAGGAUGGCGAAAGGUUGUUCGAGUCAACCAUAAUGAAGCCCUCGGACGUGUUACCCGUACUGACGACGACCGAGCGAGAUGAGAAAGCUGGACAAUUCCAGGAACAACUUUUGGGCGAUGGAAUGGAACGGCCUUCCAAUGUUGGCACGGUGACAAGCGCCAGCAGCAGUAGCAGUAGCAGCAUCGGCCCAGUAAACAAUGCGACCGGUCAGGAUGGUUCAGACAUUUCUACCACGAAGAUAGAGAUCGAACUAAUCGAUGACACGUCGGAAACAUCGGCAAGCGACGAGCGUAGCAGCAAACCGACCAUAGACAAUAUAACGGAAAAGCUAGAAGAGAAUGACGAGGUGAUUAGUCGUAUCGAAGAAAACUUCAAGGGCUUCCGGGCAUUCGAAGGUACCGCGGGCGGCGAUGAUGAAGAGGAGUAUCGCGAUGCAAUGGAUGGUCGAAAAGACGACGAAGUAAUCACAAUUGCCAUCUCAUCGGUGACGUUUUCGUCCUCGCAGCAAGAUUCUGCCCAAACUUCCCCUCCUCCGUCUUCAUCUGUGCCAUCGUCAACGGUGGCCGGUACCGAGCAGCAACCAAACGACGAAGAGAUCGGUGUCCCUGUCAGUGGCAGUGAUAUCGUCAAAAAUGGCUACGGUAACCUGUUCAUACCUCGACGUGUCAAAAAGAAUGACCCGUCGACGGCUACAAAGCUAGCCCAGCUUGGCAAAAAUGCUCCGUUGAAGAAGAUUGACUUUGCCGCCACCAAAUUUAACACGGACAACAAUGGCCCGGGUGGUGUGUCCGAUUCUGCCGACGGAAGCAAAAAGGAUAAGCCCGAGUUCUCGACUACAAAGUUCUACAACAGCAAGGAACUGUACAGCGAACUGCAUCAUCAGGCGCUGGUACCGAACAGAACGCAAACGGUUGCAAAGUCCAAAGCAACGGCGGCCAUCCUAUCGGAGAAGGAUAUUAUAACCGCAAAAACAAUGUCCAAACCAGCUCAGGCCAUUUUGGCAGCCUCUUCCAGGAAAUCGUCCAGAGCGCAACCAGCUACGUCCGCCGGGGCAGAUGUAACUGGAGCUAAGGGUGAUAUCAAGCAACAUACCUUAAAGACUAACUUCGUGCUUAACGAGGAAACGGUCCCAAUUGGAGCGAAGGUCAGCAAAUCCAGUACCGCCAGUGUCACAGAGGAUUCGCAACAGCGAAAGAUAAAGUCGCUCGGUUCUGCGGCAUCGGCGAUCAUUGCUGCUACGGCAAAGCUGGCGAAACCUAACCGCGCUUCAGCGACGAGCACGACAACUACAACAGUGGCAGUGGUUGCAUCAGCUGCCGCUGCUACGACAACCUCGCACACGGUGACUGCGACAGCGACAUCGUCUCCAGUUUUGACAUCGGAAGCAGGCAGUAAUGAUGCCAACCGUGUCAGUGUGACGUCUGCCGCAUCCAGCAGAAUCGAUGAGCUUGUGCAAGCAUCGACGAGUGCGGCGACCAACGAGCGCCUGAUGUCGAAGCCAUCUGCGGCUCUGUCCCGUUUGCACGAGAAAAUUAAUACGCUCGAUUGUGAAAUUCAAAGCAUCGCACCCGAUUCCAGCGUUUGGCGUGGUAACGAAACGCACGAACUGCAGCUACCGGCCAUGACACCUGAAGAUUGCUCCGCGGGUUCUAGCUGCACUCCGACCACCAUCUCCUGGGAGGGAACAGCCGAUAUUCAGUCGGGCGAUGUGCUCAUCGUUGAAAUAGACGAUCAUCAUUUGAUUCCCUCGAAUUACAACAAAUCUACGGAAGGCGCCCAUCACACGACCACUGCCGUUUAUCAAGUUACCCGGCUCGGGCACGAGAACUGCGACAUUACCGAAGGCGUCCUGCUCGACAUCACACCGCUGGUGGCCGACGGCAAGAAGCUGGUCACCCUUUACGACAAGGAUCUGACGGAGGGAAUUAAUCUACUAAUUGUCGUCUCCGAGCAGUGGGGCCAACAGUGUGUCCGUCUGAAGGUGACCGUGAAGUCCGACAAUUGUGGCGAAAAUGCUGACUGCUCCGGAAAGGGUGUAUGCUACUCGAACAAUUCCAUGGAGGGAUACGAAUGCCAAUGCUGCAGCGGAUUUGCCGGCACACAUUGUGAGGAGAUUGAUGCCUGCAGCCCAUCACCCUGCACGAACAACGGAAUUUGCGUCGAUUUGUCACAAGGACACGAAGGCAACGCUUAUCAGUGUCUCUGCCCGUACGGCUACACAGGUAAAAACUGUCAAUUCGAGUCGGAUCCAUGCAAUCCAUCGCAAUGCCUGAACGGUGGUACCUGUGUUGGAAAUUCGACACAUUUCAGAUGUGAUUGUACUUCCGGCUAUACAGGGCCUCUGUGCCAGCACAACUUGAACGAAUGCGAAUCGUCACCCUGUGUGCAUGGUAUCUGUGUCGAUCAGGAGGAUGGUUUCCGUUGCUUCUGUCAACCAGGAUUCUCCGGAGAGCUGUGCAACUUUGAAUACAACGAAUGUGAGUCCAAUCCAUGCAUCAAUGGCGGCCAAUGCAUCGACAAUAUCGGUGGAUUCUCGUGCAAAUGUACCCGAGGCUACACGGGCAAACGAUGUCAUAUUAAGGUUGAUUUUUGUGCCAACGAUCCUUGCCCGGAUGGCCAUCGAUGCAUCGACCAUGGCGAUGAUUUCACCUGCGAAUGUCCUGGCGGACGGAACGGUCCGGAUUGCAAUCAAGUUCCACGAACGCUGUGCAACGUGAACCCUUGUGCCAAUGGUGGCACCUGCUGGACAACGGAAGAAUCGUUCUACUGUGCCUGUCGUCCAGGAUUUACCGGCAAAAUGUGUGAAGAAAACUUCGUCAUCGAUACAAUGGUAAGCUCGAGCGAGAUGCUGUCCGAUACGCUGGCCAAUCAGAACGGACUGCGUGCCAUUAGCGGCAGCACGAUGUACGGGGACGACGGUGUUGUAGCACAUACCGGCAAGCACAACAGUGCCAUCGAGCUACACAAUGCGUACAUUGCGGCCGGGACGCUGGCUACCGCCAUUUUGAUAGUGGCCAUCGUGGUAACCGCAUGUCACUGCAAGGUGCACCAGAGCUACCGACAUUUCGCCUCGAAGCACCGUCAGCUCAUUCCCGUGUUUGGACGCCGUGCGAAGCCUGCCAGCAACAAUCGCCACUGGCUCAGCGGUAAAGGCCAUCAGCAGCAACCGCACCACCACCAGAGCCACACAAACCCGAACUACAAUUACGCACACCAGCUGCCCAACUCAUACGCCGGUCUCCAGCCGGAGCGGAUAAUCAACAAACCAUUGCCGAUGAAUUUGGAGAACGAUAUGUACUACACGGUGGACUUUGGUGACUCGCAGAACGCUCCGUUGAUACAGUAAUGAUGAGGAGCGAAACGGGUGGAAAAAUGUCGUCCUCCCUCUCAACGGCUGGAGGGAUGUUGAGGGUGUUGGGUGAGUUCACCUGCUAGGUGUAUGCGUGUCAGAUAGAGGGGUUUGUAAUAUGGUGCGAGAGUUGGUGCAACCGCUGCUGAUGCUGCAGAUGGGAAAACGAUGGUUGGCUGAGCAACACUAACGAAUGCGAAAGGCAUUCACUUUGAUCCUGCUCAUACAAUCUCAUUCGCACCCGACACCAUAAUGGCCAAUUGAAGUUGUGUAAGUAUGAAUAGCGAGUUGACGGGGAAGUAAUUGAUACCUUAUUUGUUCCGUUUCUUGUUCUGCAUUUUUCAAGUACAAUAUGAUAUGACAAUGUUUCCGUUAGUAGCGUGAGCGUGACAAAAUAAGAUUGUGAGUCGCUCGUACGUUUGUUGGAACAAAAGAAAAAAAACAACAUUAAAAAUUAAUUAAAUCACUGAUGAAACUCCCUCCAAAGAUCCCCGCCCGCAUGUUAGGAAGCCUUUUUCAACGAGACAUGUAAACGUAUGUGAACUAGUGUUACGAUAGCUACCCGAACGUAAAAAUAUGUGAGUGCAAAAUUACAUUGUUUGAACGGCACUUGUAUGUUACCAUCCCACUGUAUUGCUGGUGUUUGUUACGUGAUGAUCGCUGCUAAUUUUCUCCCUUAUACCAUUGCAAGACGGCAAAAACUUCUGCAAAAAUGUGUUGAAAGCUCAUGAUUAUGUUCGAUUAUGCGUUUACUCAGUAAGACCUUCCAAAAGGCGAAACAGAACGAUGCAAUUUUAAUGUACUAUCGCGUUGCAUCGCGUAAAUGAUCACUACAAAAGGGUCGGAAAUUAAAGAUCCGUAUCGCAAAACCUAUUGCUUAAAUAAGAAUAAAAAUUGCAAACAGAGCUAAAAGGACGGCUACUGUGCAUUUGGUGAGAUAAAUUUCGAUAACCAUCCGCACAUAAAUUGAUGCUGAAUAAGUCGAGGGAAUUUCUCCGAACGUCGGGGUCGACGCAAAAGUCACUUUGUCGAAUACAUGAUCUUGACGGAACGGGGGUAAAGUAAAACAACUACAUUUCACCAGCACUUGUCUACCGUUUCCUUUGAGAAUAGUCGAUUUGCCAUCGAACCAAUAACUUUCGUGUGUCUCCAAAGGCCAUCCAGUGCUGCUAUCCGUUCGGUCCGGUUAGCAUUUUAUGUUGAGGACAGAGGACCAUCUCGGACUUUGGUGAAGUAUCCUUUCAAGCGAAGAAGCCUCCUUUUCACGCACCUUCUUUAGCGAUGGGUAUUUCGGCAGAAAACCUUUUUGCAGAGGAUUUUCCUCUUUUCUAUCGAUGCGCACUGAACACAGCAGAUGGGUAAGAAGGAUAACAUUCUUGCGUUUGCAAAAAUAAAGGUCACAAGUGAGUGAAGCACGAAACGGAACUAUUCUUCGAAAGCAAAGUGACACAAAAAAAGGGAAAAAAUCAUUGCAUUUAAGAGCGCGUAAUACAAGCUGAAGGGAAGGUUUGCAGAACGAUCGUUCCGGGAACGUUUCUUUCCGUAAUCUUUCUUUGUAAUGGACAAAAACAGGAUACAAAUGCAUCUAGGUAUCAGGUAAAGUGCAAAAACAAAUUACCGGACAGGCAAUGGUUUUUUUUUUGCAAAUGCAAAGAAGAUGUGAGUUUUAAAAAGAUUUUAGAACGAUAGGUAUUGUAACAUUUGUUCGUUCGUCAGCAAUGUUUGUGUUUAAUCGUUACCUAAAUGUUACUUUACACGUUCGUCGUCGAUGUGUCCGUACCGCCGCAAUGUGCGGUCCUGUGGUGUGGUGGACAAAAUGUGCCAAUAUAUUUUGAAUCUCAUUGAACGAAGUAGCAACAUUUGAUGCAUAUAUUAGAGUAAGAAAGUUAAUUUAGCGCAAGAGCGAUAUGUGAGAAUGCACGCUGAUGGAGAUACUUUAUCCAGCAUGUAAUAAUUUCGAAAAAGAGAAAGCAUAGACAAAAGGGCUAACAAAAACUAAGCAAAAUUCAUUGAUAUCUUAAUACCACAGCAAAACAAAACAAAAAAAAAAACAUAAAUACGACUUUUUCUCAAGCUACCAAAAUCUUAGCUAAAAUACCAGUUACUUGACAAUGAGUGAAAAAAACACGAACUAAUAACAUACAUCAAGAGAAUGAUAAAAUUACUUACAAAUUUCAAACUUUAUUACAAAACAAACCAUACAACUGAACUCUUCCAAGCGAGCAAGCUGAAAAAAAACACUGAACCCCAACCUAGAAAUAGAGGGCAACCCACUGCAACAAUGGAACGGUACGCUGAGGCUGGUUCAGAAACAUAUUUAUAUAGAGAUGCAACUAGUAGCGCAGUAGACCGGGUUGCGUUUGCGUUUUUACGUUUGUGUGCAUUUAUUCGAACUUUAAUUCAUUUGGAUGGUUAAUCAACUACAAACACAAUGUCGCAGCCGAUUUGUUGUAGAACAAAAAAAAAACAAACACAUGGUGGUCAUAUUGUUUAGCGAAAGAACAUAAAGAAACGAUGAUUCUAUUCAUACCUGCCUUUAUAGAUAUUGUUUCCUUUGCAUUGUAGAAAAACAAACAAACAAAAAAACCCAAACAAUGAUUGGUAGAAGACCACAUGUGUAAUGAAUCAGUUACAGGUGCUUUUGGUAAAUGCUACUCGUAUUGCAACAAACAUAUACCCUACUUGCCAGUCCUCUCCGGUGCUUUCUCCCAGCUAGUGAAAUAGAACACUAAACAAUUUACAACCUUUUCGAAUCUUCAAUCAUGUCACAACAUAGCUUCCUUUAUAGAGCUUUUAACGUAGGCGAACAAAACAUAAAAGAAAACGGAACGACGUUGUUCUUCGCAGAACAAAAGAAGCGUAUCCUACAUCGAGAUGCUAGUGUUUGGGAACAGUAUUUUAAGUAUCCAUUGCGUUCCAUGACUAACAUGCAUAGAAGAUUUAAUCAAAUGUACAUCUUAUCGUAGAUAAUAGACAGACAACACGCGCACACAUAGGACACACGCAUAGCAAAGCCAACGGAACAAAAUUGCCAAACUAAUGUACUAAUACGAAAGGAAACGCGUACCACCAUGUGUGCAAUAAUUUAUGGACAACAAAAUGAAACUCUCCUUCCUACCAAUGCUGCUCCACGUAUGUUUGCGCGGUUUGACCCUGGGUUGAAGCGUUGGAUCUUAAAGCUUAACGCGAAUCGGCUCAGCAGCAACAUGCUCACAUACACCCACACAUACAUACAUAUCAUCCGACUAUAUUGAAUGUAGCCAAGGUGUAUGCUUCGAAUGUAAGUGUGUUGCGGUUUAUGCACUAUUGACACAUUUUAAGUAACCACGUGUAUGCAAACACAAAAUGGCUUCAUUGGUUUUCGACGCUUCUUACAAGGGAAGCAAACACUGCAACAACCAUGUCAACCUGUUGUAUGUAUGUAUGUGUGCGUAUGUGUGUGUGUGUGUAUUAAAAAAUACAUACAAUCCCUCCAUGAAUGAUAAAUUGCAGUCGUCCGCUGGAGCAAGUUUUUGAUUUUAUUAAGCUUUAUGUCCAUUCUACUGCAUGAGUGUAUUUGAGCGAAGCUGAUGUUUUGAAAUCGAUACAAUGCUGCUGGAUGUGUUCGUUGUACAUCGAGCCUUAGUUCGAUCUGCUGUCAAUUGAAACAACACACGCGAGGGGUAAAGUGUAAGUGUACGUAUUAGCUGGAAGUAUUUGUUUAUAGUUAAGGAAAUGGAAAUUGGUUCCAUUAUUUGAUUUCGUUCCAAAAUGAUAAUAAGCGUGAUAGUUAUAUUCUACUACAUAUAUUAUAUUCCAUUAAGUCAGUACUAAUGAUGUUGUUAAGAUGGCAUCAAAAACAGCAGGUGUUUUAUUUGUUAAAUUUCUACCUUUUCCUUAAAUAAAAUGGAAAAUAUUACUCUUUCGAACUGAAGUGUUUACGUGGUAGCAGUACUGUUAAUUUGUUAGCUUUCCUAUUGUAAAUUAAUUGCUUAAAAGGACGCUUGUGCUCCAUUCCAGCUUCCAGUCACUAUUCUGUAGAACACUUGAUAAAACUGUCAGAGCGAUAAGAGCAAAACGAUAAGAAAAGCGCAACAGAUUUAAAAUCAAAGAUGAAGCAGAAGCCGUACGGAGUGGGUGAUGGUUUUUAAGCUAGCUAAUAAAAUAUUCAAUGGUUCGGUACUUGAGACACGCACAGGGUGUCGCGCCGAGCAAGAAGCAAUGGACACAGGACACAGCAAUUGAGGUAGCAAAAUCAAGCUCAACAAUAUGCUUCUAGUUCGUUGCACAUCAAAACUCGUCCUUUUUGCCAAAUCUGCAACCUGUGACCAUAAUGCUGUUUGUAAUAAUGUUUUACGUUCCGUUUUCGUGCAAAACACUGCAUCCAAUAACUGUUUAAGGUGAGGUUAGAGAUCGCAAAGCAUGCAAAAAAAAAAUAUGAGCGCAAAGGUGCGCCAGACGAUAGCAUAAUGUAGAGGUACAUGACAAGUAUUUUAUUCGUACAUAAAACCAACCAACCGACAGGCGAUGGGUGGUGGACGAUGCUCCAGCAACCUUUACCUUCUAAUUGCAUGAGUAAUACACAAGACAGUGACAAAAUAAACAAGAAAAUUGUUAUAAAAUUUA